AUGGGAAAUAAAUCCUCAUCGGCAAGCAAGUCAGCAUCACAAAAGCCAAAAAUGAGUCCUGAUGGUGAAAUCAUGGCUUAUCAAGAUCUUGCCAAACUUUAUGAGGAAGUGACUAAUACUUCUCCUGUUGGAUGAGAAGAAGGGUUUACUAAUAAAUCUGAGUUCUUCUUGCGUUUUGAUUCUCCUGAAAUUUUGCCCUUCUUAAAAGCCAUUUCCAAGAGACUGCCUGAACUCGACGCUUUAAGAAUAUGUGAAUUUCCAACAGAGGAAGCUGAGAGUAUGAACAUGUUUUUCAAGAAAUACUUUCCUAAGACUGUCAGAGAGUUUUGGUUCAAUUAUCAAGGUGAUACAAGCCCCAUUACUCCUUUCAUCAGCGAGCUUGGACAAGUGAGUGCCAGAGUUACAAAGAUCCUAUGGUAUUGCCAGUUUGAAAUCAACCAGGAUGAGUUAGUCACUCUGUUCUCUCAGAACAAGUCUAUUGAGCAGUUCGGCCUCACUCGCUGUAACCUGGAUUUGACUUCAGUGCCAAAUCUAACUAAAGCCCUGGUCGGUAGUACUAUCAAAACUCUGAUCUUGAGCGAUAGCGGAGACUGUAACUAUGGCAACUGGUACGAAAACCCGACUCAUUUUGAGAACCUGAUUGAAGGCCUAGGUAAAUGUCCCGACUUCAAGAAGAACUUGGAAGAGAUUGCUAUGUGCGGUAACUCAUUAUCCGAGAGCCACUGCGAGGAUGUGCUCAAGAAGCAUGGAUUUGAUAACGUCAAGAUUUGGAUCUAAACAACGGAACUUAAAAGUAUGAUAUCCUAAGCAAGGAUAACCUCCAGCUGCUAAAUA